AUGCAUCGCCUGUGGUACAGUUACCCGGACUUGGUCUUACGAAUUCUUGCGGCUACUCGAAACAGUGAUGUAUCCCUCUCGGACUUUCUAGACCCCUACGAGCUCUCGGCUGUUGACGAAGAAUCUAGGGACCAACUCGCUCGCUCCUUCAAGGUCGACAGACUGGCGCGAAUGACGGUCGCUGCUAGUGACUUAUGCUUCCGUCGCACGAUGCGCACAUGUGCGCUUGUGUGUAGGGUGUUUUGUGAACCUGCGCUUCGACUACUGUGGCAACGAGUUCCGUUAUUCCACCAUAUCGUUCAGCUGUUCUCUUGUGACGUGAAGGUCAAGAGGUUUGCUGAAGCUUUACCGAUCAUCCAAAUGAUACCUCCGCCUUCUGAAUAUCAUGCAUUUCACAGAUACCACAGGCACGUUCACACUAUCGGCUACUCGGAAAACAUGCACCGGCGCAAUCUAAAAAUCUUACCUGUGACAGUGGCUAGUAUCAUCUCUGGCUAUCCGCUCAAAGCAUUUCCGAACCUAACUUCCGUAGUCUGGGAUGUGAGGUUCAAUGAACAUUUGGACGGUGUCAAAGCGCUCCUGACACCCGAACUCCGUCAUCUUGAUCUACGCGCCCGCCUGGAUAUUAGGAAGCAAAGAAUCUACUAUGCUACACCCACAGACGCGUUAACUUCGGUGGCCGAAAAGGCGCCACAACUAACUCACUUAUCACUUACAGGAUUCUUUAUCAUUCCUCCGACGAUUGCCACCUUUCGCCAGCUUGGCAUAUCACUCAGGUUUCUCUCGGAUCUCAAAAUUCUCCAGCCUAAAGACUGGCAUCAGUCCCCAAACUUCCCCACUCAGCCUGCCCCUGCUGAGGAUGGACCUCCACUAUUUCCGUCGCUAGACUCGCUGACCAUACAUGGUCAUCCUGCAUAUAUCCUCAAAUCCAUCCUCGCUAUCUACGCGUUUCCGCAGAGAUGUCUCUACAUCCAUCUGACGCACAUCCCCACUGCGACUCAUAUCACCCAGAUUUUCAAUGCUUUGGCGAACCAUAGUCGAACGAACACCUUGUCCCAUCUUGAGAUUUCCACCGGCAAAAGUAUCGUAUUCCAAACUUGCUCGGAUCGAGUUCUUUCGGGUAUAGACUUCCGCCCGCUCUUUCGCUUCAAGCACCUGCGACAUCUUGAACUUAGACAGUUAUCAAUCUCGAUCAAGCUUGGGAGCGGUGAUAUCCUUGAUAUGGCCCACGCAUGGCCGCAGCUACAAUUCUUGUCGCUCAACUCGCACCCAAGCUAUCUCGACUUUCCGUCGUGGAUCCCAAGCUUCCCUCUCGCGUCAAUGUACCUGUUUGCUGCGUUUCCAGCCCUUCAAGUUCUGAAGAUACCCAUUCUUGCGCCGGAUAGAGAUGUCGUAUUCGAUCUGAUUCGCUGCUCCUUUCCAACUGCGUCUCAGAUCUGGGGCCUGAACUGGGAUAUAUCGAACAUCGACAGCAACGACGACGAGACGUUUGUGAUCGCAUAUCUCCAAAGAAUAUUCCCAAAACUAGCCAUAAUCAAGAAAUGUGAGAGCGAGCGUUGGAAUGAGGGCCUGGGCGAACUCGUAGCGAGGGGUUUCAAAGUUGGCCAUACCACUGCUCACCGAAAAUGGGGUCUGCUCCCAGUGAUGCCACUUGAAGGGGAGAAGUGGCUGUAUCGAGCUUCUUGCCUAUGA